AUGGACACUCCUGCUUCCCACUCUCCUGCGGGACGGGCCAACAAAAGAAAGCGAGAAUCACCAGAUUCAUAUGAGAAGCCAGUUGGGACGCCAGGCAGCACCAAACAAGUGACAAACUCUUCGAAACAAAUGCUACCGGGCGAGAUAAAGACAACCUCGAUGGGUGCGGCCUGUUCUCUAACCAGUGAUUUGACCCAAAUCCUGCAAAAGAAACCCGCUUUAGCAUCUUCCGCUAUUGACCUCCUGGACCUCUAUUUGUGCCUGUGGGAGUGUUACAUGAUCAAGUCCGCCGGCAAAAUACGCUUGGAAGAGGAACGUCGCUUCCUACAAGGCUCCAACGAAUGGCUGGUGGGGGAGAAUGAAAAGCUCCAAGAAUGCUGUGAUAACCAGGAGCUGCUGCUGUGGGAUCGUCGUCAGGCCUUUGACUCUAUACAUCAGGGUAUUCUCGGAACAUUGCAGAAUAACUUCGAUUUGGAUCUAGACCUUGAGUCAAUCUGGAGAGAAUCGCCGAAUAUACCGACAUCACCACCUUGUCUCGCAGCCAAUCGCAGCACUCUCAGUUCAAUCCAACCUAUUAGCAUAUCACAGUAUGCAAAAAAUGAGGCCGAGAGGCCUCAUGCUAUCGAGUGCAUUUUCUACCCUAACCAUGAUAGCGAGUGCGCCUUUCGCUGGACGGGGCCGGAUCUGUUGUCCCCAGACACCUGUGCCGAUGAUAUUUUCCUCUACGUGUCAGCAUUCUUUCUUUUUGAACGGGUGCACUGGAUAGAAAUCCGGCUCAGCAAGCUCAGCACGGGACACGAAGAGGUUGUGGAAGAGUAUCCGUUCUUUCUUCCGCGGGUUGAAUCGAUGUUGGGGAACCUACGCAGAGCGCGUGGUCAGAUACGUGAUAUCAUCUCGCGGAAUGGCUACAUGGGAAGUGCUGGGGAAACCCGAUUUCAAUUGUCUUUACGACCGCAAAUAGAGACUGCAACAGGCCCCGGCAUGCGGAGCGCGAUUCCUCUAUCUUGCAUCCACCCUUCUAUGCCCGUAUCAUCGUUCGAUCCACAAUUCUUUGUGCAGGAUAUUGUAGGAAAUUGGGGCAUAUGA